AUGGGCAAUUCAAAGUUUUCACGCAAUCAAAAGAAAGAAGAAAGUAAAACGGUGGAAGAGAGUGCAACGGAAACAGUUUCACCAAAAUCGUCCAAAAAUGAAAUCUCUCGUCUAACGAUGGCUAGUGCGGAACACGGUACGGAUCAGGCUGAUCGUGGCAUGCGCAAGGAGUACUUCAACAGCAGUGGUGCGGGAAAGUUUUUGCCUCCAGUGUUCAAACUUCUAGAGUUGGCUGUCGCAAUCGUUUGCAUCGGACUGAUCGAUGAUCCGGCCCACAAUUCGCGCCUUCGCGUGUUCAUCUCAUCGCGUACCGUUGCGCUCGCUUACGCCACCUUCGCCAUGUUUCUGGUAUUCUCCGUGGUCUAUCUGUUCGGAAAGGUUAUCCGAGACAACUUUCCAUGGAAACUGAGCUCGCUCCUCAACCUGACCGGUUUCAUUCUAUACCUAGCGACAGCGGCCUGCAUUUUGAGCGAUUGGUCCGAGACGAAAAACCGCAACUAUUGGCCACCAAACACGCAAAGAAUGGAUUUCUUGUGCGGUGCUGGAUCGGUUUCGGUCGUCGGUGCAAUGUUCUACUUGAUCGAUCUAAUUGUCACCGUGCGUCUAGGCAUGAAGGGUGAAAUUGAGUGA